AAACGCCAUUUCCCUACCACCCAAUCAACCGCUGGCCCUAAAGUCCCACAUUUCUCAUUUCUCUCUCUCCAAAUUUCUCUUUGCUAUUUUGGAAAGUGAAACCAAAGCCAAAGCCAAAACCAAAACCCAAAUUUUUAUAAGAAGAAACAAGCGCAUAUAUAUUUUAUAAUUUAAAAAAUUGAGAUUGUAAACCCUAGAGAUAAGUGUCUAGAAAAGAGAAAAGAGAAGUGUUUGCGGAUCCGAAAUGACAUAAGAGCCCUCUCUCCGCUUCUUCUCAUUGUUUCUUGUUUCCACUGAUUCGAAAAUCUUUCAUUUCCUUUUAGUUUCGUCGCUGUUGAAGAAUCAGAGCUCGGAUUGUUAACAAUCUUUAAUUGACUGUUGGGUAAAAAAAAAAAAAAAUUCAACAUGGUUGCCACAGCUGCUACUUCUGCAUUCAUUCCAGUCCCUUCUCCGUCGGCUCCGGACCCCAGCUCCAAGCCGAAAAAGCUUGCGAAUUUGGGAGGAAUGAAGUCGAAAUCGACUUCUUCUGGUGGCUUGCAGGUCAAGGCAAAUGCCCAAGCUCCUCCCAAAAUAAAUGGUAGCUCAGUUAGUUUGACAACACCUGUGGAAACUGUGAAGCAUGAGGUUGAAAUGUCUCCUUCUUCUUCCUCUUCUUCUUCACCGCCACCAAGGACUUUCAUUAACACACUGCCUGAUUGGAGUAUGCUUCUUGCUGCUAUCACCACUAUCUUCUUGGCUGCUGAGAAGCAGUGGAUGAUGCUUGAUUGGAAACCGAGGCGGCCCGACAUGGACCUGCUUAUUGAUCCAUUUGGUCUAGGGAGAAUUGUCCAGGAUGGUUUUGUUUUCCGCCAGAACUUUUCUAUUAGAUCAUAUGAAAUAGGUGCUGAUCGGACAGCGUCUAUAGAGACGUUGAUGAAUCAUUUACAGGAAACUGCUCUUAAUCAUGUUAAGACUGCUGGACUCCUUGGUGAUGGCUUUGGUUCAACACCAGAGAUGUGCAAAAAGAACCUGAUAUGGGUGGUCGCACGGAUGCAGGUUGUGGUUGAUCGCUAUCCUACUUGGGGUGAUGUUGUUCAAGUGGACACUUCGGUUGGUCCAUCUGGAAAGAAUGGUAUGCGGCGUAAUUGGUUUGUACGCGAUUACAAAACUGGGGAAAUACUAACAAGAGCCUCGAGUGUUUGGGUGAUGAUGAAUAAAAAAACGAGGAAGUUAUCUAAGAUUCCGGAAGAAGUUCGAGGGGAAAUAGAGCCGUACUUUCUGGAUUCUGAUCCUGUUGUGGAAGAGGAUAGCAGAAAACUACAAAAACUUGAUGACAACACUGCGGACUAUGUUCGCACUGGUCUCGCUCCUAGAUGGAGUGAUUUAGAUGUCAACCAGCAUGUUAACAAUGUGAAGUACAUUGGCUGGAUUCUUGAGAGUGCUCCGUUGCCAAUCUUGGAGAGCCAUGAGCUUGUUGCUAUGACUUUGGAGUAUAGGAGGGAGUGUGGGAAGGACAGUGUGCUGCAGUCUUUGACUGCCGUCUCUAGCAAUGGUGUUGGCAAUUUGGCUAGUCUUGCUGACAUUGAGUGCCAGCACCUGCUUCGACUUGAGGACGGGGCUGAGAUUGUGAGGGGAAGGACUGUGUGGCGACCCAAAUACGCCAAAAACUUUGGGACUUUUGGUCAGCUUCCAGCGGAAAGCGCUUAAUUUUGUGAGUGCUGGAAUGGCAAUGCUCUCCCUCCCUUCUGUGUGCUCCUCACUUGUGUAGAAUCCUGCAUGUGUUUCUUGGAUUUAUAUAUGUUUCUUCUUUAUAUAUAUAUAUAUAUUCCUUCUCUUUUGUCUCCCCUCGAAAAGAAAAGUAGCCCCAUUGUAAUUAGCUCUUGCUGUAUUCUCUCUCUCUCAAAGGCUCGCUAAAGGACAAAUGUCUGCAUUCUGGCAGUUAACCUUAGCUGUUUGGGAUACCAGGGCGAGUUGUCUUAUUUAAUGGCAUGACAUGUAUAAUUUUUUUUUUUUCUUUUCAUUAUUAUUCUUUGUUAUUUAGAAAUAGCUAUAAAUGUCCAUUUAUUGCUACAAUAAUCAUUGAUCUGACUUCAGUUAAAAACGUGUCUUGUGUUUGGAUGCAA